UGAAAGUCCAUGUGAAUUAAAAUGUCGUUUUCAAAGAAAAACGAAGUGGACAAGUCAAUCAUUGGUGAGAACUUCCUACAAAAAAACAAACUCCACUGACAUCACUGAUAUCAAAGAAGGCAGAACACUUGCAAAAUGAGACUGCUGACUCUUGCCAUAUGUUUCGUGAUAAUAUUUUGUAUAAUAAGCGUCGUGAAAAAUGAUGGCUGUAAUGAUUGCUGCGAGGACAAAACUUUGUUCUUUCGAAGUAAAAAAAUAAGUUCUUUGCGUGAUAUUUUGAACAUGACAAAUGGUUCGUUUUGUCAGAAUGGAACAAUAGAACGAUUGGUAGCUGACGGAAAUAACAUAACCCUCUCCGACGAGGAUGUUGAAAUUCUAAAGAAAAACUUCAGCAAAUUAAAGUAUUUGGAUCUACGAAGUAAUAAAAUCAAGAUACUGCCAGAGUUGGAAAGUUAUCAUCUUAUAGAGAUGCAACUGGAGAAAAACGAAAUAAGUGACAUUUACUUGAAUUUGGAUAAGUUACCAAAUUUGGCAAUUCUAAAUUUGAAGGAAAACAAAUUGAAAAAUUUUACAAAGAAUCUCGGUAAAUUAAAAGCUCUUAUCCUGGCUGGUAACAAAAAAUUAUCCUUUAUAAAUUUUUCAUCAAACAACUCACUGGAAAUAUUAGAUUUGAAAGGCAUCAAACUGCAAGAAGCAGUUGACAUAACGAAUGGAAACAUCACAUGGUUUUUUGGUUUGAAGAACUUGGAAAGCUUGGAUAUUUCCUCAAAUUCUUUGUCGGAAUUACCUGAGUUUGUUUUUCAACCUCUCGGAAAUUUGCUCAAUUUGAGCAUGCAACUCAAUCUCUUCAGCAAAUUUAAACAUGACAAUAUUUUCGAUCCUCUUGUAAAUCUAAAUUAUCUAGACAUCUCAGAAAUACCAACUCUCAUUUAUAUCAAUAGGUUAUGGAACAGACUAAUGCGAAAUCUCGUAAAUCUCAAACACUUAAAAACAAAUUACUUUACUGAUUGCUGUUUCGUCAUUGCUUAUAAACCUGACGUCCAUUGCAUAGCACCGUCGGACACCAUUGCCAGCUGUGAACGAAUGAUUAAAUAUGCUGCAAUGCGUUAUCUCAUGUGCUUCAUGGUUGUUCUAACCAUUGGUGGGAAUGUCUUCGCUCUGUUGCUAAGACUGGUAAAAGAUGAUUGCAGUCGAGUACAGAACUUGUUUAUAUGCAGUCUCAGUUUUAGUGACAUGCUCAUGGGUGUCUAUUUAAUUGGAAUCAUAAACCAAGAAAUCGCGACUGAAGGAGAAUAUUACAAGCAUGAUUAUCCCUGGCGAACUGGAACUCCGUGUAAAGUGUUUGGCAUAAUAUUUGUCAUAUCCAGCGAGGUAUCUGUGUUUACUCUGGUAUACAUUGCAUACGAUCGUUUCUUGCACAUAGCUCAUGCGAUGGAGUUUCGAAAGAUCGACUAUCGUUCGGCGGUGUUCUUACUUUUGGUAACAUGGCUUGUCUGCUCUGCUAUCGCCAUUGUCCCAGCCAUCGUGAAAACGUAUUUCGUUGAUGACGUCAAAAGAGUUGGAUUCUACGGGGCUAACAGCAUCUGUAUGCCCAUUCAGUUACCUGGACAGAACACAAUCGCAUGGGAAUACUGCCUAUCUAUAUUCGGAAUACUGAAUUUUAUUGGUGCUGCCUAUCUUAUUAUCGCCUAUAUUCAAAUGUUUUACUCGUCAUACAGUAGUGCAAAAGACUCCAACAACAGUAGCCGUCUCGGAGCUCAUACUACCAUGGCAAAGCGUUUUGCUGCUUUUGUAUUUACGGAUGUGUGUUGCUGGGUCCCCAUUGCUAUGUUGUUGUUCUUGUCUCUUGCUAGGGUUAUUAACGAGACAGGCAACACUUUGUAUUUGUGGUUUUCAAUCUGCGUGAUUCCGAUCAACUCAGCCAUCAAUCCGAUCUUAUACACACUCAGCACACCGAUGUUUUGGCAGAAAGUAAAGGACGUCAUCAAGAAAUUCACAUUCCGCGUUUAAAAAAGCAAGAAACUAUUUUUUUCAAAUAUCUUAGAAACCUCAGUCUCUAAAAAUAUAUAUUGUGCCUCAGUGUUAUUAAAGAGAAAACUAAUUUAUCGAUAUGCUUUCACUUUUCUCUCACACCUGCUGGGAAAUACAUGGAAAAAACCGUUCUUUCCCUAUGGAAACACGCCUUUCAUUCGGGCAACGAUUGGUCACAGCUUGUAGUAUUUAUCAAAAUGCAGCAUGUAAAUUCUUUUGGAUGUUUAUAAGGAUAAAUUUUAGUUUGUCAUGGUAUGAAAAAACCUAAUUUCAAUGCACAUUGUUAGAAAAACAUGUUUUGGUGCACAUUGUAUAAUGUAUAAGUAAAAAUACGCAAUUAAUUGCUUGUUUGUUUGUACUUGACAUUAAAAAUUAUCAUUAGAAAAGUAGAGUAUAAUUUAAUUAAAGUUCUCGUGGUUA